GAUUCUGUGAUAAUUUGUUUGAAAUUAUGUAAUUCUAAUUUCUUUAAAAAAAAGAUUUUUAGCAAUGAUAUAGGAAAAAUAAAUGAGAAUAAAUGUCUCAUUUAUUUCGUAAGGUCGUCCUUUUUCUCGUCUUUUUAAUCGCCGUCCUUCAGAUAAUUCAUAUGACAUUGAUGUCCCGUUUGGAAUCACGAACGAAUAACAUCAAGAAGAAUCAUUUGAAUAGACAAAGAAAAAACAGUGAUAACCAUGAAGAAUUCAAAAAUACAAACAAUAAUAAUGAACAGAAUGUUCUUUAUUCAAUUGAUCAGGUUGAUAUUGAACGUGAAAAAAUUUAUAAAUCAUUACAAUCAUUGAGUUCGGUGCUAGAUUCAUCCGGCGAAUAUCGAAUUCUUCAUUUUAUAUCGACAGCCGAUUUGUUGAAAAAUUCAAGAUGGCGUUAUUCGAUCGUCAACAAAUUGGAUACAUUAGACGGAAAUCAUUUGUACAAGAAGAAUGAUUUGUCCAUUGCAACCCAUUCGACAGUUACACAAUUGUACAAUUUGGAUUUAUUAUCUCGCAUUUGGAAUGGUCCAAUAUCUUUGGCCAUAUUUGCAGUAUCAAUACAACAACUUCCAAUUGUAGUUGAAACAAUUCUUUUACUACGUUAUUGUAACCCGUCGAUACGUCAGCGUACGAGCUUUCAUCUAGUUUAUCCAUUAAAUUUUUCUUCAAAAUUAAACAAUCAUCAAGUUCGUAGUGUUUUGGAUUUUCUUCGAUGGCCCGAGAUAAAAAAAUUAUAUCCCGAAUUUGAUCGAUUUGUUCAAAAAGAAAACUGUGGCCAUAUAAAACAAUUAAUCGAACAGAUUGAUCAAAAAGGUGAUCAUAAUUUUAGUCAAAAACAACAACAAUCUUCAUUUGCUAAUAAUUACAACCAUCAUGUGCCAUAUCCAAAUAAUCUACUACGUAACAUUGCACGCCGCUAUUCACUUACGGAAUAUACUCUAGUCAUAGAUAUUGACCUGGUGCCAUCAAAAUUAUUGUAUGAAAAAUUUCUCGAAUUUAUACAAAAUUCACGAUUGUUCAAAGAUACAGAUUUUUUAAAUAAUGAUAAACAAUUACGACAGUCCCCGAACACAUUCGAUGAUAAUCGAACUGGAAAAAAUUCUGAUGUUCUAAUCGUAUUUGUACUGCCUACGUUUGAAAUUGAUCUUGAAUUAGCUCGAAAACAACACAAACAUCUUGGUGUUGAAGAUAUUGAUCAAAUUAUACCCACUGACAAAAUCAAUCUUAUUCAUGCCAUUGAACAACGAUAUGUAAGACCAUUUUAUAUUGAACUUUGUUGGAAAUGUCAUAAAUAUACCGAAUAUGAAGCAUGGUUACAUUCUCAUCGAUUAGUCAACUAUUCUAGUCCAAAUUCAAGCUAUAAUGAUGAUAAAUUACAAAUUCUUUACCAAGUUCAAUGGCAUGAUCCAUGGGAGCCAUUUUACAUAAGUCGUAAUAAUGUUCCAUUUUAUGAUGAAAGAUUUAGGCAAUAUGGUUUCAAUCGUAUUAGUCAGACGUGUGAAUUAAACAUGGCCGGUUAUCAAUUUGCUGUGCUCAACGAUGCCUUUCUAAUUCAUCGAGGAUUUAAAACAACUGACGAUUUUCAUCCUACUAAAGAUGCCGAACUUGAACAUAAUCGAAUAUUGUAUAGAAAAUUUAAAUUACAGCUAAAAGAACGAUAUUCAUAUUCAGGUAGAAAAUGUUGAAUAUCGAUUCUGCGGUGGGAUUUUACCGUGAUACAUUACAUAUCAAUC